GUUUUUAGUCUUUACAUUUUGUCUUUAUUUUCUUCUUCCUGGAACGCCAGGUACUUCUGAUAUUUCUUCUUUAAAGGUCAACUCAACCGAGUUGAAGUUUCAAUCUUUUUCAGCUUUUGCUUUUGUUACCUACAUAUACGUUACAUAAUAUUUCUAGGGAUUCUGAUGGUUUCAGGUGGGCGAAGAAAGCCUUUCUGUCUCAAUAUACAGUUGAAAGGACACCGUUUCACCAUGCCACGCUUCCCUAAGCUUGCUACUUGGAUGCUUCUUUUGCCUGUUUUGCUCUUUAUCUUGCUCAGUUUCCAUGAAAAUCCCUUCAAUCCAGUCAACCGUUUAAAAUAUUUCUUUCAACUCAGAUCGCCAGGCCACAAACGCCUUGAUGGAAACUCUUGCUUGAGCAGGAACCAGAGUGUAUUAUAUCGCAAAUCUUCACCCCAUAAGCCUUCUUCCUAUCUUGUUGCCAAACUGCGUAGUUAUGAAGAGCUUCAUGAGCGUUGUGGACCUCAUACUAGAUUAUACAACAGAGCCAUGAAACAAAUAAAAUCUGGCCAAACUGAUAGUUCCAGUGAGUGUAACUAUGUCAUUUGGGUGGCCUCUUGUGGCAUGGGAAACAGAAUACUGAGCAUAACCUCAGCCUUUCUUUACGCUCUUCUGACAAAUCGAGUUCUGCUCAUAAAUGAAGAACCUGAAAUGGAAGAUCUUUUUUGUGAACCAUUUCCAAAUGCAUCAUGGAUAUUGCCAAAUGACUUUCCUUUCAAGGAUCAGUCGGGCAGGUUUAAACAGAAUUAUGCCUAUAGUUAUGGGAACAUGCUCAAGAAAAAGGCAAUAACUGCUUCAAUGGAGUCGCUGCCAUCAUAUCUACAUCUCUAUCUUUCGGGUGAUGGUGAUCAUCAUGACAAGCUCUUUUUCUGCAAUCAAGAUCAAACCCUUCUUAGGAAAAUACCCUGGUUGAUAAUGAAAUCAAAUGUCUACUUUCUUCCAUCUCUAUUCCUGAUCUCAUCUUUUGAGGAAGAACUAAACAAUCUAUUUCCGGACAAAGAAACCGUGUUCCAUCAUUUGGGUAGGUAUCUUUUCCACCCUUCAAAUCUAGUAUGGGGACAAAUUACUGGGUACUAUAAGCAGUACCUGGCCAAAGCCGACGAAAGGAUUGGCAUCCAAUUGAGAUUAUUUGAUAAAAAAACUAGUUCUUCCCAAUUGAUGGAUCAGAUUUUGGCCUGUACUCUAAAGGAAAAGUUGUUGCCUGAAGUGAAUAUGUCAAAAACCAUAGCUGCUCCAUCAGAAAACCAGAGAUCAAAGGCUGUUCUUAUAACAUCUUUAAUCCCUGAUUUCUUUGAGAAGUUGAAUGAUAUGUAUCUCAAGCACCCUACUUUGAGCGGGGAAACGAUUUCUGUUUACCAGCCUAGCCAUGAAAAAAAGCAACACUCUAACAAUAAUUUGCACAACAUGAAGGCAUGGUCUGAGAUAUAUCUCCUAAGUUUGACUGAUGUCCUGGUCACUACUGCAUGGUCGACCUUUGGUUAUGUUGCCCAAGGUCUUGGGGGUAUGAGACCAUGGAUUCUUUACAAGAUAUCAAAUGGACAGAUCCCAGAUCCUCCUUGUGGUCGAGCCUUAUCGAUGGAGCCUUGUUAUCAUACGCCACCCAGUUACGACUGCAAGGCGAAGACAGAGGUGGAUACCGCUACUCUUGUUCCUCAUUUGAAGCACUGUGAGGAUAUCAGCUGGGGGCUUAAGCUGUUUAAUUAUAGUCAUUAGAGUUGUUAUUGUAGAACAUAGUGAAUACUUUGCAUAAUGCACUUGUUCCACUUUUGAGGCAUAGUACUUUUUUUCCUUUUUCACAAUACUUAUAGCUAUAAAUGUGUCUAUUUAUUGCGAACUUCUAAUCGCACUUUACAUUAAAAUUUACUUGUAAUAUGAAUCUGAGGGUGACAUUAAGGAAAUGGGUUGUUUUCAUA